AUGUCUAAAAGCGUAUCUCCGGACAUUGAUGUGGUCUAUUAUUUUGAAGAAAAAGAAAUUAAGAUUGAUUUUAGGCACGCAGACCGCGCAGCGGCCUACCAAGCAUUGAACAGGGAGGGUCGAAUCCUGUCUAAUCAGACCAAUGCUGUCUAUUUGCCUAUUUCGCCAGGAAUGAGCUAUAUCCGCGAUAGCAGAAAAGGAUUGAUAAUCGGCUUCACUGACAACGUGAAAGCAGAGGAGUGGAACAAAAAGUCAAUUCUUGGGGAGGCACAUUCCGACAAAGAGGUCCGUAUCAAGAGAAUAUGGGAUAGCAAUGAGCUAUUAGAUCAGCAGCUACAAUUGUCCAAGUUUUUAUCAUCAGAGAUGGGUGAUCACGGUUUACUUAGUGCCGUCAAGCCAACCAAUGGAGAUCGCCCGGGUUCUAGUCAAAGGUCGCCAUCAGUGCAUAGAAGCCCCGACCCUGAACAGCAGAAGCGGGAAAAGGAAGUCACCCGCUCAUCUCCACCUAGUGAUGGUCCGUUAAAGAAAGCAAUGGGAAGCAACAAAGACUUAAGGUCAACCAGAUGGAAUCGCAAGCCAAAGGCAUCGCCUGGCAGAGGUGGAAGAGCUGAUGUUCGAUCAUCACCUAGAGAUCGCCCGGGAAGGAAUGCCAGUGCACAGGCAAGUGAAAUACGGAACUAG